UGUGCCUAAUUUCCUUUUUUUUCCAAAUUUAAAUUAACACAUUAUGCGAGGAAAUCGAGAUAAAAUCAAUGAGUGAUGUUAGAGCGAAAAUGUCUAAGGGUGCAUGUUAUGUAGUCACCUAAUCGCGCUGUGUGCAACGUGACUUUUAUUAUGGUGCUAUUUCGAGCCAAUCGGAACUUCGGAAAAUGAGAAGUCACGUUGCAAAGGAUAUGGUUUGAGAAUUUUCUAAAUUCAUUUCAUUAAUUGGCUGCAUUUGAACGACGAGCGUCCAACAGGUGUGCGUACGGAGGUGUAAUUUCGUGCGUGCACUUUACAUACAAACGAGGUACUUAAAAAAUGGCGUGCGAUAGAUGAGUGCGAUUAGUGGAUGUAUGGGCCCCGCGCUGUCCAAGGGGCCCGAAGUACACACAGUGCAUUGGUUUCGCAAGGGACUAAGAUUUCACGACAAUCCAGCUUUACGGGAGAGUUUGAAGGGAGCGAAAACGUUUCGCUGUGUUUUUGUCUUAGAUCCGUGGUUCGCGGGAUCAUCAAAUGUUGGAAUCAACAAAUGGAGAUUUCUUUUGACAUGUCUAGAGGAUUUAGAUCGAAGCUUGCAGAAAAUGAAUUCGAGGCUGUUCGUUGUCAGGGGACAGCCGGCGGAUGUUCUUCCCAAACUGUUUAAGGAAUGGGGCACUACUUUGUUAACUUUUGAAGAAGACCCCGAGCCGUUUGGGCGCGUCCGCGACCAGAAUAUCAUAACUAUCUGCAAAGAAAUGGGAAUUGCGGUGAGCUGUAAAGUUUCCCACACUCUUUACCACCUUGAGGACAUCAUUGACCGAAACGGAGGAAGAGCGCCGUUAACAUAUCAUCAAUUUCAAACAAUAAUAGCUUCUAUGGACCCUCCUUCAUUUGCCGAACCUCCCGUGAGCGCCAAAGACGUCGCGAACAUCGCAACGCCAAUUGAGGACGAUCACGUAGAAAAAUACGGCGUACCGAGCUUAGAGGAACUCGGUUUCGACACCGAAGGUCUACUGCCACCCGUAUGGCUGGGAGGAGAAAGUGAAGCUUUGGCGCGAUUAGAAAGACACCUUGAGCGAAAAGCGUGGGUUGCGUCAUUCGGACGUCCAAAAAUGACACCUCAGUCUCUUCUACCUUCACAAACUGGCCUAUCCCCAUACUUACGUUUCGGGUGCCUUUCAACGCGUCUGUUUUAUUAUCAACUAACCGAUCUAUACAAAAAGAUUAAGAAGACGGUCCCGCCGCUGUCUUUACACGGACAAUUGCUCUGGAGAGAGUUUUUCUACUGCGCCGCGACACGAAACACAAACUUCGAUAAAAUGUUAGGUAACCCCAUUUGCGUGCAGAUUCCCUGGGACAAAAACGCCGAGGCGCUUGCGAAAUGGGCCAACGGACAAACUGGUUUUCCUUGGAUUGAUGCGAUAAUGACCCAGUUGCGCGAAGAAGGGUGGAUUCACCAUCUAGCUCGCCACGCUGUUGCCUGUUUCCUGACACGCGGAGACCUUUGGUUAUCGUGGGAGGAAGGCAUGCGGGUGUUUGAAGAGCUUCUACUCGACGCGGAUUGGUCUGUCAAUGCCGGAAUGUGGAUGUGGCUCUCCUGUUCGAGUUUCUUCCAACAGUUUUUCCACUACUACUGCCCGGUAAAAUUUGGACGAAAGGCAGAUCCAAACGGCGACUACAUCAAAAAAUAUCUCCCUGUUUUGAAGAAUAUUCCCACUCAGUACAUUCACGAGCCCUGGAUGGCCCCCGAUGUUAUACAGAGAACGUCAAAAUGUAUCAUUGGAAAGGACUAUCCUCUGCCUAUCGUUAAUCACGCAUCAGCCAGCCGCAUUAAUAUACAACGCAUGAAGCAGGUGUAUCAAAAGCUUGCGAAUUAUCGAAAUAUCGAUACGUGGAAUGUGCCCCAAAAGCAAAACUAUAUUCGUUUUGAGAAUAACGCAGUCAAUGGCAAUGUGAUUUAGAGACAAGACUAUAAAUUGAAUACAGUCAUUUUGUAUAUAGGUAUGCAUUGUAGUAUCAAACAUUUGAAAUAAACCGCGGAUUUUUUAGAUUAUCAAUUGGCGUUGUUAUUUGCUAAUAGUUCGACAAAUUGGUUAGCUAAGAGGUUGUCCUAGGCACCUGCGUACUCUCAAAUGAAUCCAAAAGAGAAACAACGAAUUUCUCACAAAUAUUGAUCUAAGUGCAACGUGUUAGUGAACGAAGCCAGAAAAAGAGUUGUGGUCAAUUUUCCCCAACCAGUUGCUUUCGACUAAAUGCGAACGAAGAUUUCAUUUGAUAAAAUCUCAAAUUAAAGUACUUAUUACGUACGAUUCAAGAAACGUGAACUGCCACGUAACUACCACGU